GGCUGCAGCUCUGCUCGCUGUGUCUCUGGGAUCAUUCAGACCACUUGGGGGCCUGUGUGUCUGGAGGAGGAGCCUGAGUUGGAGGAAGUAGCUCCACAGAUUGGAUGUGUGUGUCUGUGUGUGUGUUGUGUGUGUGUGUUUGUGGAGCAGUUACCUCCACACUGAGAGAGUCGCUAACCACUGGACUGUAAACGGGGAAUUUAAAGGACGAUCCUCGGGAGGAAAGAAGCCGAACCCCCGCAGAUCGUGUCCGUGUUUUUAGUGUCCGACCCUCGGUGCUGGUCGAAGCGGUGCAGCCGGCGGAGCUGACGCGGGCAGCAGUAUGCAUUCAGACUGCAGGCUGCUAUCGGCAGAGCGGUAAUGGUGGGCAGGGGACCGACAGGGGCCCGGGUCCUGGUCCUGUCGCUUCUCAUCAUCCUCACCGCGGAAACAUGUCGAGCGCAGAAAGGUGACGGCUGUGGCCCCAGUGUGCUUGGCCCCAGCAGUGGGACUCUGUCCUCUCUGGGUUACCCGAGGACAUACCCCAACAACACGGUGUGUGAGUGGGAGAUCAGCGUGCCACGUGGCCACAGGAUCCACUUUCGCUUUGCGGAGCUGGACAUAGAGAACAAGGACUGCCAGGUCAACUACCUCGGCCUAUACAAUGGCAUCGGACCCGGGAGGACUGUGAUUGGGAAAUACUGCGGUUUGGGUCUGAAAGUCAAAGAUCUCAACGAGUCCACCGGCAACCAGGUCACUGUCCAGUUCAUGAGUGGGACCCAUCACACUGGACACGGAUUCUACCUGUCCUACUCCACCACUGAACACACAGAUCUAAUUACCUGCCUGGACAAAGGAACUGAUUUCCCAGAGGCAGAGUUUAGUAAAUACUGCCCAGCAGGCUGCCUGACGUCCACAGAGGAGAUUUCUGGAACUAUACCGAAUGGCUACAGAGAGUCGUCUCCUCUGUGCGUGGCAGCCAUCCAUGCAGGCGUGGUGUCCAACGCUGUGGGAGGGACGAUCAGUGUGGUCAGCAGCAAAGGCAUCCCUCACUAUGAGGGCACACUGGCAAACAAUGUCACUUCCACUGGAGGAACUUUGUCAAACAGCCUCUUCACCUUCAGGACCAAUGGCUGCUAUGGGACGCUGGGUUUAGAGUCUGGCGGCGUCGCAGACACUCAGCUCCUGGCUUCAUCUGUGUGGGAGUGGGUCGAUGGCGAGUGGGCGGCGACGGGGGCACGCCUCAAAAGGGCGGGGCUACCGUGGGGGCCUGCUCACAGCGACCAGCAUCAGUGGCUUCAGGUCGACCUCAAGAAGGAGAAGAGAAUCACAGGCAUCACCACCACAGGCUCCACCCUGAGAGAGUAUCCGUACCAUGUGUCUGCGUAUCGGGUCCUGUUCAGUAAUAAUGUCCAGCAGUGGUCCAUCUACAGGGAAGCAAACUCCACACAAGACAAGAUUUUCCAAGGAAAUAUAAACUACCUGCACGAGGUGAGGAACAACUUCAUUCCUCCCAUCGAGGCUCGGUUUGUGAGGAUAAAUCCAACGUUAUGGCACCAGAGAAUCGCACUAAAGCUGGAGCUGGUUGGCUGCCAAAUCCUUCCAGCAGGGAGGGUGAAACCCAGGACGUUCCCCACAUCUCGUCAUACCCCCCCUCAUGCGGGAACAAAACGCCCCCCUGACCUUGGCCAAACCACACACACCCCAGACAUAAGGAACACCACUAUGCCUCCACACAACAGCCAAGAUGUGGCGCUGGCUACAGUUCUGGUUCCUGUGUUGGUCAUAGUUCUGAGUGCUCUCAUCGUGACUGUGGUUUGUGCUUGGCACUGGAGGAACAGGAAAAAGAGCUCAGAGGGAACUUAUGAUCUUCCUCACUGGGAUCGUACAGACUGGUGGAAGAGCAUGAAGCAGCUGCUGCCAUCCAAGAUGAUGGAGAGUGAGGAUUCAGUUCGGUACAGCAGCAGUGAGGUGGGCCGACUGACGGGGAGAGGAGCUGUUCCACGACUACACGCUGAGCCUGCAGAAUACGCCCAGCCGCUGGUGAGUGGAGUUACAACUUUGGGUGCACGUUCCACUUUUAAACCAGAUGAGGGUCCUGACCCAGGAUAUUCUGAUCCUGACCUGUACGAUGCCCCCAUUUCACCGGACGUGUACCACGCAUACGCAGAACCCCUGCCAGCUUCGGGAUCUGAGUAUGCUACACCUAUUGUGGUGGAUAUGGGUUGCCAUCCCUCAGGUGGCACAUCUUUGACCCAGCCCGCCGCUGUGUGCGGUUUCAUGGGUGCCGGGCCCGCCUCCCUUCUCUCCCGGACAGACAGUGGCCAGUCGGGGAGGUCGGCGUAUGACACACCAAAGAACGCCACUGGACAGGCCACUGAGGAUCUGACCUAUCAGGUACCUCAGAGUUGCACUCAGAAGCAGACGGGACAGAGCUGAAGAGUUGGGACGCCUAUGGCCUGACUCCGCCCCUCGCUGCCCAGCACAACCUGAGGCCGAACACAGAGGGUUUGUUAAUGGACGAGGAGGCGUGAACCUAUGAGCCCCGGAGCCUGGGCUCGAGUCUUGAAUGAACACUACCUUAGCUUUAGAUUCAUCCGGAGAUGUCUGUAUUGCCUAAUUGUUCCUGCAUGGCCACGAUCUGCUUGUGUAGUGCCAUUACAGUCCUAUCACUGAAACCACAGAGAUGAAUGUGUUAGUGCCAGGCGGGGGAGUCGGAAACAGAGAACGCUGACUACUAUUUGAUUAAGACUUUGUCCCUGUUCUGUGAUUCUUAGUAGUUCUUGCAUUCUGUGAAACUGUGAUAUCCACUAUUCAUUUUUUUUACUCUGUUACAGUUAAAUCAGGUUCAAAUCUAAUGGUUCUCUUUUUGAAUGAAUUGCAAGUUGUACCCCACGUUAAAGGUCAAAUAAUUCAUCCUCUCUAGACAGACUCUAGUUUUCAUGGUACGUUCUUUGUCUUAGUUUAAAAGCAUGACUUGAAAUUGUGUAUAGUUAUAUUAAUUCCAUUAAUGCAGAAUCUGUUAAAACUCUAAAGUGAUUUACUGAUAUUUAUUUUUUAUUUCACAUCCUGCUGAAGAGGAGAGACUCUUAAAUAAACCCCCACAACGACCACGACCCACUGAUCACAGAAGGAAAAACUGUGGUUCCACUGUCGUAGACUACGAUGGAAUGUUAGGGACAUUAGAAAAUUAAUUCUGAGAUUUCGAGAAUAAAGUUGUAACAUUAAGAGAAUAUAAGAAACGAAAUAGAGAAGAAAGGAAAACCAAAAAUGUUUUAGAAAAUAAGCUGCAAGGAGAACUCAUACUUAUCAUGAACCAAUCUGGUGAAACUAUGAAACAGGCAAUUUCCUCCAAGUCUGUGAUUCUUUCUUCAGGAGAGACUCAGCUAGCCUGGAAAUAAGACUACAAUUGGGGCAUUUUCUCAUAGAAUUUCCACUUUACCCUCGAAAACCACUUCUGCUUCAGCCUGCCCCCUAUACUCAGUCGUAGUAGACGCUGUACUGACGAUUAAGUGUGGGUUUUUUUCCCCCCAGAGAUGUACGUUAACUUGAAGAGGCUGAUGAGGAAAAUUAAUUCACCAAACUCCCCAAAGAGAAAAUACUUUCUGUAGUAUUGGAGACCAAAUGUUGAUUCACAACACAAUCAUGCCAUCAGCGCAGGUUUAGCCAAAGAAACAGUGAAACAGUCUUAACAUAGGGAGACAACAUUGUAGUUUAGAGGGUGUUGUAGAAAAGGUACAGAGAGCAGAGGUGUCUGAGUGAAUCUGUUACAGCUAAUAAUUCAUAGUUUCCCGUGUUUGUUUAUUUGUGUAUCGUGGUGAUCGUCUCAUGUUGAAGUGGGUGCGACGUGUUCCUUCCUUGUUAUUAAUGUGCAUCGACAUCUGUAUGCGUGGAAAGCUGUUUCCAUAUUUCAGUCCUGUGUGUGUGUGUGUGUUGUGUGAUGAUAGUUGUUGUAGCAGGCUGUGUUGAGUUGUCUGUAGCACCAGUAGACUGCAUUCCCCUUCUGUCCACCUGUGGUACUGACCCGACCAAACACAACGUGGCAGGAGUGUCGAAGGAGAAGAAGAAAAAUGGAACGAGCUGCUUUAGAAGUUUUUAAAAAAAAAAUUUUUUUAAACGAACCAUCAACCUCCCCGGAGGGACGGUGCUGUUCACUCACAGCUGUGCCACCAGUUGUGCUUUGAUUAUCGCUCAGUAACCGAGGCGAUCGAUACGCAGAGUUUUGGUGCUCGCUCCCUGGUCACAGAGGGUUUGUGUUUGUGGCUCUCACAGAUUGUAUAUAGAGAAAUAAAGAGUUAUUACGUUA